AUGCCCGUCCGCCUCCGCCUCGCCCGUCACGGUCAGCGUCACACGCCCGUGUACCACCUCGUCGCGAUCAACGCCACGAAGAGGAGAGACGCCAAGCCUAUUGAGAAGCUCGGCGAGUACGACCCGCUCCCCCGCGUGCCCAAGGAGUACAAGCUGCCGACGUCGACGCAGGUGUUUGGAAAGCAGCCGAUCCUGCCGAAGGAGAAGCGUAUCGAGUGGGACGUCGAGAGGAUAAACUACUGGCUCAGCGUCGGUGCUCAGCCCACCAAGUCUGUUGUCAGGCUGCUGGAGAGGGGAGGUAUCCUUACGAUUCCUCACAAGUGGCAGCACAACUGGUCUGAGAUCACCACGGGCCAGAAGCUUCCCUCGCCUGAGGAGGCCCCUGAUGCUCACCCGAAGGCUGCUGAGUCUGCCGAGCCGACACCAGAGGCUGCGCCCAAGCAGACCGCUCCCUAG